GAGACGCUGACUGAGAAGUGGUCAUGGCAAGCGGUGGAUUCACGGUGGUAGACUACGCGGUGCUGGCGACCCUGCUGGCGCUGUCCAUGUCCAUCGGCGUCUGGGUGGCGUGGCAGGACCGGCGCCGCCAGAGCACCCGCCACUUCCUCACCGCCCGCGGACAGCUGGGUUGGCUGCCCGUCUCCCUGUCCAUGAUGGCCAGCUUCUUCUCGGCCGUCAACGUGCUCGGCCUGCCUGCUCAGGUGUUCAUGCGAGGCUCGUUGCUCUGGAUGGGCGUGUUUGCCACAUCCGCCGGCGUCCUCCUGUCGGCGUACCUUUUCCUGCCAGUGUACCACGGCCUCAACCUCACCAGUAUCAACGAGUACCUGGAAAAACGCUACGCCUCCACCCUGAUCAGGAAAGUAGCCUCCGGCGUCUUCAUACUCCAAACGGUUCUCUACACAGGAGUGGCGUUGUACGGGCCGUCCUUGGCAGUCUCGUCGGUGACCGGCUUGUCCGUGUGGUCCUCCAUUGUCGUGAACGGCUUGGCCUGCACCUUCUACACGAACAUCGGAGGCCUAAAGGCGGUGGUGUGGACGGACGCAAUUCAGAUGAUACUGAUCUACGCCAGCUACAUUCUAGUCAUUACAGCGGGCGCACUGCAUGUCGGAGGAUUCGGCAACAUGAUAAGACUGGCCGACGAGGGAGGGCGGAUCACAAUAUUCAACUGGAGCCUGAGCCCGUAUGAGACGUUCACGUCGUGGGCGCUGCUCCUGUCCUGGUCGGUGCGUUGGUGCUCGGCGUACUGCGCGAGCCAGACGCAGUUGCAGCGACUUUCCAGCCUGCCAUCGGCCAAGCAGGCACGCCGCGCCGUACUGUUCAACCUGCCGGCGGCAGCGAUCACAACGUUUCUGCCGGUGUUGGCCGGUCUGGCUCUGGUCGCCGUCUACAAGGAUUGCGACCCGAGGCUCACCGGAGACAUCAAAAAGCCGGACGAGUUGAUGCCGUACAUUGUUCAAGACCUGAUGGGAAAAUACCCAGGCCUGUCGGGACUCCUGGUAGCUUCCGUCUUCAGUGGUUCUCUAAGCACCCUGUCGUCGGGCUACAACUCCAUGGCGGCGGCGACCUGGGAAGACCUCAUCCAGCCACGGGUCAAGCUGACGGAGACCCAGUCCAUCGUGCUGCUCAAGUGCGUUGGUACAGCCUACGGCUUGCUGUCUAUAGCCGUGGCCUUCCUUGUCGGCUCACUGAAGUCCAUCAUGCAGGCUUCCACUAGCCUCCUGGGAGUAACUUCGGGUCCUCUGCUGGCCAUCUUCCUACUGGGCGUCCUAGCUCCCUGCUGCAAGAAAACGGGAGCCCUAGCGGGCAUGCUUGCCGGGCUGUUCGUCGCCUCGUGGCUCCUUGUCGGUUCGAUCCUUCACCCGCGCCCCAUAGAUCAGCUGCCUACGUCCACGGCCGGCUGUUCCAGCUUCAACCAGACCCUGACGUUGGGCUCGUUCGAGCCUCCGCCAACGCCCAGCGGCCUGAACCACUUCUACCACAUAUCCUUCAUGUGGACUCACUUCGUCGGCUUCGCCACUUCGCUGGUAACAUCACUAGUCGUCAGCCUAAUAUUCGAAAGAGGAAGCACUAAAGAGGUCGAUGCGAAAUAUCUUUCUCCAUUGGCGAAACGAUUCAGCGGCCAUCAUAGCAAAAAGAUGGCAAAUACUCAGGUUUUUUGGGUGCCCGAGAAGGAUAAGGUGUCGCCCAUGGAGCUCGAAAAACUCGUUGAAUUUGAAAAGGACAAGCAAGGCGUGCAAGCGACGGUUACCAGCUGAGCCUCAAUGCCGCCUAACACUGUGACAGCGGACGUCUGCACCACUUCACUCGUGUUUUGAUGCAGCCGAGGCUGCAAAUUGGGUCACCUGUUGUACAUAUAAACCUGUAUAUAGUGGAAAAUGCAUAAAUUAAAUAUGCUUAGAUACUGAAAGCGUUGCACCAUGGAAUGACAAGUGCGUGUAAUGCGACGUUCAGUUGACGCGCAGUGUGUGCCAACACGUGUACUCCGAAUUUUCGUAUAGUAGUUGCUGACAUAUAGCGUGAGACAGGGCAAACCUGCACUGUCAGCGCCAAAGGCAGAUUUGAUGCUGUUGCAGAUAAUUUGGUCAUCUAGAUGUUAUACAUAUCCACCAAGUGCUGUUCAUUCUUGGUUUAUGUUCCGCCCAACACUUCUUUCUUGGAGUGCAAUAGCCUUAAGCCCUUAUGUUACAUUCCGACCUUGGAGCUCAACGACAAGGCAAUUUGUUAAGCACUGCUGUGGUAUCAAGCGCUAUUUUGCAAGUAAAGCUAGUAAGCGGCGUCACCUAUACUGUCUACACUGCGAAUGUGAGCUCGGCGCAGGUUUGUAAUAUCGCCUCAUGCUUAUACAUACGUGUAUGAGUGUGUUUGCGUAACCUCGGCAAAUAUUCUUGGCAUCACUAAGCUGUGUGCAGGAUGUCAAUAGCUAUGCGUGUGCGAGUUUCUCCCAAUAUGCUUGUCCAACUUCGGUCGUUUUCUGUAACUGAACGUCACAGAUGCAGCUUCUCACCUUGGUUUUCAAUACGGCACCUAGAGUGGCGUCAGUGUAUUAUAUUCACUGACGCGGGUAACCUGCUCCCACAGGAAAGCUUAGGAGAAGUUCCUGCCCUACCGGCUGUGUUGGAGUCACAAAGCCGUGCGAGAUGCCAAUGGAUGCAGCUGCUCAGCAUCCUGGUUGAACAACAUGGCGCCUAGGAUGACAUCAGUGCAACCAAUCUACGCAUUCAUCGUCUUCGUUUCAACGUGCGAGUGCUACAGCCACACCUCACUGUCCCACUCGUUCAUUUUUUCUUCUUUUUUUUCUUUUUCUUUUUUUUAGGAUGAGUUUGCGCUAAGCGCAGUGGCAGAUUCGAAGCACGGAGGAAGGAAAUGAGUGGAUUACACUGAAACUCGCCGCGACAUCAUCGUUGGUUGGGUCGACUCUCAUGGUUUCGAUUCUGUUGCGCAAUGCUCCCUUCCUAGUUCUUCCAUUCUUCCAUAGUUCCUUUCCUUGUUCCACACGAUAACCAGAGCGCCGUUAACGACAGCUUUAAGAGUGCCGAGCUCGUGUCCAGAAUUAAAGUAUGAAAUAUUUGAGUAUCGCCGAUGGUAGACAGCAAAAUUCUAGUCCUUGCAUGCGAUGGAUUAUUCGGAGAGGCGGAGAUUGCUAGAACGAGAAACCGAAACGCAUAUUAAGCUAAUUAACAUAAGUUCGCUUAUUAACUUCUUAAUUAUAAUUACUUUAUGACACACAUUCCAGUUUACUAAUUGUAGCCAGUGAGUUUCUACGACGUAUCCGCUUGAAAUGAAUCUCCAGGGGGACACCAGUUUCGAUAUAUUACUUCCCAAAGUAUGGGACGGAAUACAUGGAGGUUCGAGUUACUUUUAUGCUUGAAUGCAUAAACGAGCGUUUUUUUUUUUUUUUUUUAAUGUAAGUGAAACAACAGUGCAUUUUUACGGGGAGUCUCAUGGCGCAUAUCUCCAAGCUGGUGCCAUUCUGGAAAUUCAAUCCAAGUGGAUAUGCCUUGCAAACUCACGGGCUACGUACAAAUUGCAAUAAGUGCCGUAAAGCAAUAAUUAAUAAAUAAUUAGUGAUUUUUUAAUUUGUUGAAAAUGUAUUUCAAUUUAUCUUGCAUGUUAUGCCGGCCUGUUUGAAUAAUCCAUCUCAAGGACUAGAAUUUUGUAAUAUGCAACAGACAAUUUUUUUUUUAAUUCCGUAAAAAUUUUCCUAAAACGCUGUCCUGGUCGAGCAGGUGGCGCUUACGUGCGACGUUCUCGUGAAAAAUGGUGGAGAGAGCAUCUCGAGAGUGUUAUUCCCAGUGACUAUAUAGAACCUCACAAGUUAGUGCCACCAGGUUGACCUAAGUUGGCACUUAUAAAUACCUCAAACAUCGCAAAAUAGUUACAUCAUUUGAACAGUGGCGUAGCUAGGUCGUCUGGCACUCGGGGCCCUUAGGUCUUUUGUCACCCCCCCCCACGGGUGUAGGCGAGGAAGGCACGGAUAUCGACAAUCUCCGGGUGUCUUCAGACGUAUAUAUAAUAGUGUCCAUAUAAUUGAUAUUGCAAUAAAACAAACAUGUAUGCUGGCCGUGGCUUCAUCGGAAUCGUUUUGCUUCAUUCUGCACGUUUUGGGUAGCCACUCACAGCAGAGGUCCGACAAGUCACAUUACGCCAACAGUUCGGCAGAGGAGAACAUAGUUGCGUGUUUAAAUACGCCGACUGCCGCCUGAGGUAUAUU